GGUGAGUUGAAUGUGCCUCCGCGGCCGCCGUACUUGUGUCUGAAAGUAAAGUCUCGAAGCUGUGCUAACCACUAGCUAGGUCAAACAAUGGCUGAAUAUUCCCACGUUAAGUCAACCAAACUGGUUUUGAAAGGUCUUAACAAAGGGAAAAAGAGGAAGCAUAAAGAUAAGAAGAAAAAAGCAGAUGAUGAAGAAAAACCUGAUAUUAUUGGUGGUUGGUGGUCUGUCACCAACUUUGGGGACAUCUCUGGAUCUGUUGCCAUAGAGAUGCAGAACAACUCUUACAUCCAUGCCCUGGAUAGUGGGCUCUUCACACUCGGUGCACCACACAAAGAUGAUGAAGGACCUGACCCCCCAGAGCAGUUUACUGCCGUCAAGCUCUCGGACACAAGGAUAGCCUUGAAGUCCGGAUAUGGCAAGUACCUGGGAAUCAACUCUGACGGUUUGGUAGUAGGCCGCUCUGACGCCAUUGGCUCCAGGGAACAAUGGGAAACCGUCUUUCAGGACGGCAAAAUGGCUCUCAUGGCAGCAAAUAGCUGUUUCAUCUCCUACAGUGAAAGUGGGGACAUCGAGGCCAAGAGCAAGACAGCAGGGGACGACGAGAUGGUGAAGAUCAGAUCGAGUGCGGAAAGGGAAGUCAAGCAUAAAGAUGACAUCGCAGAAGAGGACAGGGGCAACGUGAAGUCUUGCGAGGUCAAUUAUGUGAAGAAGUUUCAGAGUUUUCAAGAUCGGCGGCUCCGGGUUAACGAGGGAGACUCCACCACGCUAAAGAAAGCCAGAACAGACGGGAAGUUUCAUGAAUCCUUGCUUGACAGGAGAAGCAAAAUGAAAGCAGACAGGUACUGCAAGUGAAUACUCAACUUUGUAGGUUACUGCCAUGUCUUUGUAAAUGUCUUAAUUUUUAAGAUUUGGCCAUUUGAUCUGACAUUUAAUGUACUCUUUGUUUUUUGUUUUGUUUUUAAUAUUUUGAAUAAAAUGACAUGGUCAAAUCA